AUGGGCCAUCAGAAGCUCUACUGGAACCCCCCCCCCAGGAAGUUCAGGCAGGGGUCACGCUCGUGCCAUGUCUGCUCCAAUAACCACAGCCUGAUCCACAAGUACGGCCUCAACACGUGCCGCUAGUGCUUCCACCAGUAUGCCAAGGACAUCAGCUUUGUCAAACUGGACUGA